UCCAAGAGCAAGUAUCUCUUAAAAAGCACAACAAGCAGCAAACGAAAUGAGUCCCAGCAUCACCACCGAGGCCAACCAGCCUAUCACUGCCAGGUCCACUGUGGCCCAGAGAAAACAAGCCAACGAACUGAGAAAGACUCUUAAACCCUUACUGGAGAAGAGAAGACGCGCUCGUAUCAACGACAGUCUCAGUCAUUUGAAAAGCCUGAUUCUUCCUCUGGUUGGCAAAGACAACGCACGCUACUCCAAACUGGAGAAAGCUGAUAUUCUGGAAAUGACCGUCCGUUUCCUCCGAGACCUUCCUUCCUCUCCUGUCAAAGACUCCGCAGACACUUACAGAGAAGGCUACAAAGCUUGCCUCCAGCGCGUCUCCGCUCUGCUUCCCAAAACGAGCCUGGAUCAAGACGCGUGCCAGCGGGUGAACGACUUCGUCCAGCAGUCGGCAUCCGCCACCGUCACCCCAACCUGCCUGAACUGCUGCGCUCAGAGCUCCAGGUCUCUCCCUCAGAUCCAACAGAGACUCCUGAGCCUCAAAUCCAGCUUCAGCUCCAGACUGGAGAGUCAGUCUCGCAGCAGCGCAGUGGCUCCCAGCCGGGCGCAGCCAGGCCCGCAGGCUGUCAGUGCUGCCAUGUGGAGACCCUGGUAGACUAGUUGAACAUUUCUCACAUGCGUGUUAUUUAUUUUGUGAUGUUAUUUAUGCCAUUUGUAUUCCAAUAACCACAGUCUUAGUGGUUAAGAAUUGUUGGAGUUGCUGUAUAAUAAUUGAAUCCAGCAUUUGGCUCAUUUUGCGUUUAAUGCCAGAGAGCACACGAGCACAGAUCUCAAAGAAACUGAAGUCUAUGAACGUUUUUAAAUGCAAUCCUCUUUGGGGUUUCAAAGAUAUGGGUUGUAGACAACACUUUUGUAAAACCCCAAGGGUUAUUUAGUUUGAGGUUUGCACGAUGGACUUAAAAGUAUUUUGGUCUGUGCAAAAGAAUAGUCUGUAAACACUGUGUGUUAAAUAGGAUUAUUAUUCAUUGACUUUGUGUAAGAAAAAAAACCAACAUGUUUUGUGACACUUCAAAUGUUUUUUCAUUGACAAAAGUUUUCCAAUAAAUGUUCUCUUAACGAA